AUGAAGCACCUCAGCGUCCUCAGCACCCUGCUGCUACUCGCAGCCGCGGCCGAGAAGCCGUCCGAAGUGCCCUACUACGGCCGCAGCCCGCCCGUAUACCCGUCGCCGGUCGGCAACGGCACCACCAGCCGCGAAUGGACCAACGCCUACCGCCGCGCCGCUGCGCUGGUCAGGCUCAUGACGGUCGAGGAGAAGGCCAACGUGACGCGCGGCUAUGCGGGCCCCUGCGUCGGCAACACGGGUGCCGUGCCGCGCCUCAACGUGCCGGCCAUCUGCAUGGCCGACGGACCCGCGGGCAUCAGGGGUCAGGAGUACGUUUCGGCCUUUCCGGCCGGCAUCCACCUCGCCGCAACCUUUGACCCGGACCUCAUGUACGAGUACGGCGCCGCGCUGGGGAGGGAGUACUCGGCCCGCGGCAUCAACGUCGGUCUUGGUCCGGUGGCCGGCCCGCUUGGCAGGGUCGCCAGGGCUGGGAGGAACUGGGAGGGCUUGAGCAACGACCCCUACCUGGCUGGCAUUGGCAUGGGCGCCGUGACCAAGGGUAUGCAGGACUCUGGUGUCAUCUCCACGCCAAAGCAUUGGCUUCUCAACGAGCAGGAAUUUAGGCGGGUGAAGUCAGACCUUGGAGAGGCUAUCAGCUCAAACGUGGAUGAUCGGGCUCUCCACGAACUCUAUGUCUGGCCCUUCAUGGACAGCCUGCGCGAAGGCGCCGGAUCUAUCAUGUGCUCAUACCAGCGCGCGAACCACUCUUACGGCUGCCAAAACUCCAAACUGUUGAACGGGAUCCUCAAGACGGAGCUCGGGUUCGAGGGCUUCGUCGUCUCGGACUGGGAGGCGCAAAACUCCGGCGUCGCGUCGGCCAACGCCGGGCUCGACGUCGUCAUGCCGCGCGCCGGGUUCUGGGGGGACAAGCUGGUCGAGGCCGUCAGCAACGGCAGCGUCAGCCACGAGCGCCUCGACGACAUGGCCACCCGCCUGCUGGCGAGCGUGCACCUGCUCAACCAGGAGUUCAGCUACCCGUCCCCGGGCGUCUACAACAACCUGCAGCAGCACUUUCCGCGCAACGUGCAGCGGGACCACGCGCGUCUGAUCCGGCGCAUCGGCGCGGCGGGCACGGUCCUGGUCAAGAACGUCAACGGGACGCUGCCCCUGAAGGGCGGGCCCGACUUCCUCGCCGUGUACGGCUACGACGCCACCGUCAACGCCGUGCCGUGGAAGAACCGCGACCGCUACGGCGGCGGCUACGAGGUCAACUGGGGCUGGGAGACCUUCAACGGCACCCUCAUCACCGGCGGAGGGUCGGGCGGCAACACGCCACCGUACGUCGUCUCGCCGUUCCAGGCGCUGCAGGAGCGCGCGUCUCGCGAGGGCGGCAUCCUGCGCUGGGACUUCUGGUCCGAAAACCCGGAGACGCCCUACGUUAACGCCGACGCCUGCCUGGUUUUUAUCAACGCUUACGCCUCCGAGUCGUUCGACAGGCUCAGUCUCACCGACGCGCACAGCGACAGGCUGGUCGAGAACGUCGCGGGCAUGUGCGAUAACACCAUCGUUGUGGUGCACUCGGCCGGCAUCCGGACCGUCGACGCCUGGAACGACCACCCCAACGUGACGGCCAUCAUCUUCGCCGGCCUCCCCGGCCAGGAGAGCGGACACGCGCUCGUCGACGUGCUGUACGGCGACGUGAACCCGACGGGCCGGCUGCCGUACACCAUCGCGCGCAGGGAGGAGGACUAUGGCAAGCUGCUCAACUCGUCCACGUCGUUCGACUUCUUCCCCGAGGACAACUUCGACGAGGGCCUCUACAUCGACUACCGCGCCUUCGACAAGCAAAACAUCGAGCCGCUGUACGAGUUCGGCUUUGGUCUGUCCUACACCACCUUUUCGUACCAGGCGCUCUCCACCACCGUGCUCCCGGCCGAGUCCCUGGCCUCGUCGUCCAAGCUGGCCGAGUACCCGGACCCGGCCGUGCCGAUCGUCCAAGGCGGCCACCCGGACCUCUGGGAGAAGGUGGCGCUCGUGAGGGCGCGCAUCGGCAACACGGGCCCCGUCGCCGGCACCGAGGUCGUGCAGCUGUACCUGGGCGUGCCGGGUGAUGAUUCGCCUGUGCGGCAGCUGCGGGGGUUCGCGCAGGUUGGGCCGCUGGCACCGGGAGAGGAGCGCAAUGUCGUGCUCGAGCUGACGAGGAGGGAUCUGAGUGUUUGGGACGUGGUGGCACAGCAGUGGCGGAUGAGGAGGGGAGAGUACAAGGUGUUCCUUGGAGCCAGUAGUCGGGACAUAAAGCUUAAUGAUGCCUUUACUAUUUGA